AUGCCUGUGUCGAUUGGCGACGAGUAUUAUUCGUACUCGCCGCGGCCCUUUGUCGUGGCGUCGGCUGCAAUUGCCCCUCCUGCCGUGUCGUCCCCGGCGCCUGCUGCUGCGGGGAUGUCGCCUCUUCUCGCACCUCGAUCUGCGCCGUCAUCCGUGACUCAGGCUGGCCUUGUCCUCGCGCCUGUGCCUAUGGUUGCGACGUCGUCUGCUGCUGUGGGAGACGCCUCCGCGCCGCCACUGGUCGCGCCUGCCGUGGCGCCUUCUGCUGCUGCUGGUGCGGACUCGACGUACCAGCCACUUCCAGCCACCAGCGCCGGCCUAAGCUCGGCGGAGGUUCAGUCGGUUCGCGCGUCGCCUCCGGAUGCUCCUGCCCCUCUGUCUGUGGCAGCAACCGUGCCGCCUCCGACCGUCCAGGCGGGUCCUGCUCCCGCACCCCUUGCUCCUGUUCCUCCUGCUCAACGUCCUCCGUCCCCGGGCCAUCGGCAGCAUCGGCCUCAUUCCCCUGCACCGCGUGACGAGCGGGAGACAUCACGGCGGCAUCACGAUUCACCUCGCCGCCGUGGUUCGCAGGCGAACUGGGCUGCACCCCGUGGCGGCCGAGGGGGCUGGUGGGGAGGGCGUGGUCGCGGUGGCGGCUGGGUCAAUUCGCCGCGCCACGCUCCUGCGCCGGUGUCUCAUCCUCCGCCUGCGCCCGCUCCUCCUCUUCCCUCGACUGCCGCUCCUCCUCCUCGUGCUCCCGCCGCGUCUGCUGCUGCUCAUGGGAACCGUCUCCGGCUGCCGUGGGUUCCUCCUGUGGCGGGCGUGGAGUUUGUGACUGCGGGCGGGGGACCAGUGACGCCGCAGUAUCCGUCCCUGCUGCCUGUUGCUCCUGAUCCUCCGGCUGCUGAUCUUCCGGUACAGUCGCUGGUAGGGCCUUUUCCUUCGGCGGAUGUCCCCGAGGCGUCACUCGGGCAGCUUUGGCGCCUCUCUGAGGGUCUGCGGGCUGUUCACCUGAUCCAGGUGUAUUGCCACGCGGCUCUUUCUCGUGGCGUGCCUCUGGUAGGCGGCCCUCUGGACGAGUGCUUGGAUGCCGCUGACCGGCUUGCCGAGCUCCUUGCGCCCGUGUUGGCUGCGCCCGCGCGGGGUGGAGUUGCGGGCGUUGGACAGCUUGGGACUGCGCUCCGUGGUCUGCGCCGGGUGAUGCGCGCAGCGACUGCAGUCGACCUGAUCGGUGCAACCACUGUGGUGGUGCGCGAGCUUCAUCGCUCGCUGACGGGUCUUCUCGCCGUCCUUGACGCGGAUCAGAUGUAG